UAUUAUUAUUAUCAACUCACAUAGGCGCAGAGGAGCAAAAAGAGAAUCGCUUGCUUUUAUGCUGGGUGAUCUUUACUGACUGUUUUUUUUUUUUUAUCAGCACGUUUGAAGCAAAAGAAGAAAGGGAGGGCUUGAGGCUGGAAAUGGCAGACCACAUGAUGGCCAUGAACCACGGGCGCUUCCCUGAUGGAACCAAUGGGCUUCAUCACCAUCCCGCACAUCGAAUGGGAAUGGGUCAGUUUCCCACCCCUCACCAUCAUCAGCAACAGCAACAUGCCUUCAGCGCUUUGAUGAGUGACCAUAUACAUUAUGGAGGUGGAAAUAUGAAUGCAAACAGUGGGAUCAGACACGCCAUGGGGCCAGGGAAUGUGAACGGGGGCCACCCUCCAAGCAGCAUGCCGCCAACAGCCAGGUUUACCAGUUCCCAGUUUAUGGCCCCUGCGGUGGCAACCCAAGGGGGGCCCUUAACAGCCAGCAUGCAGCUGCAGAAGCUCAACAACCAGUACUUCAGCCACCAUCCGUAUCCUCACAACCACUACAUGCCGGACUUGCACCCUGCCAACCAUCAGCUCAAUGGAGCAGCCCAGCAUUUUAGAGACUGCAACCCGAAGCACAGCAACAGCAGUGGUGGUAGCAGCAGCAAUGUGCCUGCCUCUGUGCCCCACGUCCCUGCAGCAAUGCUGCCUCCCAAUGUCAUCGACACUGACUUCAUAGAUGAGGAGGUGCUCAUGUCCUUAGUCAUAGAAAUGGGCUUGGACCGCAUUAAGGAGCUUCCAGAGCUGUGGUUGGGACAGAAUGAGUUUGAUUUCAUGACAGACUUCGUUUGCAAACAGCAGUCCAGCAGAGUGAGCUGCUGACUUCUUGUGAAACAAAGGACUUUUUAUCUGUGUGAAUGCAAACAUUCCCUCAAGACACAGUAUUGCAAAGGCUUUUAGGAGUUUGAAUAUCUGGGAAACAGAGUAAACUAUAAGCUUGUACAAAUAUGAUUUCUCCCUCCUUUGUUUUUAAUUGCUGUCAUUUCUUUAUUUUUAACCUUGGAUACUCAUUUCUGCCUCCCUUCCUGUAAUAAUGAUUCAGUCUUUAGAUUUUCUCAGUCUUGCUGCUUAUUUUUUUUCCCACUGGUAAUAUGCCAAUUAUUUCAACUGUUAUGAAUAUUGGCAGAUUGCUUAAACUUGUGGAUUUUCUGUAGGCUAUCAUUUCAAAUAACUAGGACAGCAUUCAGAUUCUGAGUUAAAGGACAAAAAAAAUGCAGUAGUUGGUUGCAUGAAGUUCAGGGUAGAUUCCUGCACAAAUACUGCCCUCUUGCUUUGUUUUUAACUAUGCAUUGCAGUGCUACUAACUUUUAGUCUGCUUAAACUGGAAGCUUAUCAAAUGUGGGCCAAACCUUCCCUGAUCAGGAAAAAGAAACCAGUUCCUUACUCUGCUAUUUGUUCCCCUUCCCAUCUGUACAGACAGUAAUAAUAGUAUGAAUGGAAUGGUCUCUAGUCAGGGGCAAAGAAACAUUUCACAAUUCUUUUUAAAACAUUUUGUUCUAGCUCCUUCUGCAGCUUUUUUAAUUUUGGCAUCAUGCUUAUAUAGUUUAUUCAGUUCAAUGGGAAAAUACUACUGUGUUGAAAGCUUUUUAGGAAAUGUUGACAGUAUUUUUGUACAAAACUUUUUUUGAGAAUAUACUUGUUAAUUUAUUCUAUUUUAAUUUGCCUGUGUCAAUAAAAAAUUGAGAAAUGCUUUAAUUAUUCCUAAACAUCAUUUACCAAUAUUUUUUCUUUAAUUUAUCCUUCUCCCCCCCCCCCCUCCCCUCACCAAUGUUUGAUACACAUAGUCAGUCUGAAUUGUUCAACUGUUGGGUUCUGCAAGAAAUGUUUUGAAGGAAAACUUACAUGACACCAUUGUAUUUUGUAUGUCAUGACUGGUGCAGAAGGUGAAAAGGAUUUAAGGAUAAAUAUGACAUCACAGUUUCAUAAAUAACAUUGUAACAUGCCUGUGUAAUUUUAUCAAAAGUAAAAUUGCCAAGAGGCAACAAUUUUGUGAUUUGCCAACUUACUUGCUUUAAAUGUAGUUGUCCAGAAUUAUGAUGCAUAAAGUAUUUAUUCUAUUUAUCUAUUAAACUUUAAUUUUUAUAAA